CGCAAAUUCCCACUCUUUUUCGUCUCCGGCUGUCCCACACUCCAAACUCGACUUGACCCUCUUUCUCUCCUCGACUCUUCCCACGCCUUUUAUCCUCUCCUGUCUCGUCUUCGGAUCCCACUGACACCCCAUAUCGCCUGCAUUGCGACCCCAUCGAUUGGUCCGCUCACGACGAAUACACUGUGCGGGUUACCGUGAACGGUUUUGAAUACUUGGUGGUGAUCGUAUGACCAAGUGUCCCCGUGGAGAGGGACUUCGAUAUAGAAACUACGAAACCUGACUACAAUCCUCAAUACUCGCAUCGCCGGAUUUCAGGGAAAGAGGCCCGUAAAGCCUCAAAAACACAUCAUGUCCGAGUUCAACGGCCGUCGGGCCCCCAACUUCUCUCAAUAUCUCGAUGAUCUGAAUGCCAUUCCUUCGCCGUACGAUCAGGCCCUUCAGCAGCAACAUCAGGAUUCAUACAACCUCGAAAAUGAACUCUCGCUUUUUACCAAUGCCGAAUUCUUUGAUUUCGACAAGUUUGCCGAUCUGAAUCUGCCCAACUUUGACCAGCUGGAGGACAACACAGUCAAGAAGGAAACCGCGCAAGACACCAGCUCUGACAUGGACUUUUUGAAUCUUUUGGGAGAAGGCUUCGGCAACGUCAACGACAUUUCCUCUACUAUGAACUCCAUCAACACCCAACCUUUGCCGGUUCAGAACACACAGUACUCUGCAGUUCCGUCCCUGCCCAACGGUCCCCUCAACAUCAACCCUGCUCCUAGCCAAGCGGCUUCUCAGCCCUCCCCGCAGUCCUCGAUCACAUCCCCGCCGUCUGCGGCUGCCACCCCCGCCCCGGCUACCACCGCCCCGGCAGCAGGACCUAAGCGCAAGAACACUCAGAAGACCCCAGCCAUGAGCGUAGAGGAGGCCGCGCGCGUUGCCGCUGAAGAAGACAAGCGUCGCCGGAACACCGCCGCGAGUGCCCGUUUCCGCGUGAAGAAGAAGAUGCGUGAGCAAGCUCUCGAGAAGACCGUCAAGGAGACCACCGAGAAGAACACUGCGCUGGAGGCUCGCGUCACGGCCCUGGAGCUGGAAAACCAGUGGCUCAAGAACCUGAUCACUGAGAAGAACGGACAAACCUCGGAAGAGGCCAAGAAGUCGGAGAGCGACAUCGCCGCCAUGUUCAAGAAGUUCCUGGCUUCUCAACAGCAGAAGGAGACCGAACGGAGUAGUUCUGAGUCCAAGAUCGGCGUUGGCACUGCCUAAACCCGACAUUCUUGUGUUGUCUUCUUUUCUUGCUUGUUCAUUUGAGCUUUGUAGAUGAUGUUUAUGCAGAGUCGCUGAUUCUCCCAUCAUUUUUUUUAUUUCUUCUUAUUUUUUUACCCUUUUUUUU